CAUGAACAAUCGCCACAUCUUCUUCUUCUCGAGCACCCACCAUGAAUCCUACCUGCCCUUCUGCUCAGACUUCGGGCCUGUCAACCUGUCCGAAGUUCACCAGUUUUGCUCUUACAUUCAUCAGAAGCUGUCGGAUCAACGGCUCUACAAUCGCACUCUGGUCUACUACGCAGAGAAGGACGCAGCUCUGCGAACUAACGCUGCUUUCUUGCUCGGAGCGUUCCUGGUCAUCACGCAGGGCUGGUCGCCAGAGGAGGCGAGCGCUGCCUUCUCCGACAUGGGAUACAAACUCUUCAUGCCCUUCCGUGACGCCACGUACGAGCAGCCUGACUUCGGCCUGUCGCUCCUCGACUGCUUUAGGGGGCUCAAGUGCGCGCUGCAGGUGGGCUGGUUCGACUACCGCAGCUUCGACGUCAACCGGUACCUCUGGCUCGACAACCCCGCCAACUUCGACGUUCACCAGAUCUGCCCGAAGCUGAUUGCCUUCAGAGGGCCCAACGACAGCGACGAGAACAUGCGGACGCCGGGGGAGUACGUCAUGGUCUUCAAGAAGCUCAAAGUCUCGGCCGUCGUGCGCCUUAACGAGCAAGACACUUACGACGCGCGAGGGUUCGAGGAGGCAGGGAUACGACACUACGACCUUUUCUUCGAGGACUGCACGACUCCCUCCUUCAAGCUCGUCGAGCGCUUCCUGGCGAUCUGCGACCAUGAACCUGGUGUGGUUGCCGUUCACUGCCUGGCAGGGCUCGGGAGGACCGGGACGAUGAUCGCUCUGUGGAUCAUGUUCAACUUUGGCUGGACCGCAAGGGAUACGAUGGCAUGGCUAAGGAUCGUGAGGCCUGGGAGCAUCAUCGGGCCUCAGCAACAGUACUUGAUCGCGUGCGAGGAAUGUUUGCGGCAGGGGAAGCGACUGCCGGAGUACAAGGAGAGUCAGGGCAAGUCCAACUCAGAAGCUCUUGCGAACCAAGUUCAGUUUGGGAUGUUGCAGAGGCAGGCGGCGAGUGGAUAGCGAAGAGGGGGAGGGGGAGUCAAGGAUAAUGACUGGGCUAAUAAGGAGGGAACGUAAGAAAUCUGCUAGUAAUGUCGUUGAAUGUUUGGCUUUGUGAAAUCUCUUCAAGAAAUUCUAAAUAGUCAUG